ACACACACAGUGUAACGUGCUCCAGACGCAUGGCACGGCCUUCUUUCUGUGGCUUGCAUGCGUGACCCGUGACUGAUUCGAGUUAACAGCUGACUCUUUUCCAUUACAAAUGGCUCCCGGAUAAUCUAGAUAACUACCGGAUCACGCAAACCAAGCUGAGUAUGAUGCAGCAGACUCCGACAAAGACUGUUUGAUAAGAAAUGUAAAUAUCGUUGGUGGGGGCGUGUAUUUCACGCCUUUAUGAUUUUAUAUAUAGGCCUACGUCGCUGUGUAGUUUGUUUGGAAAUUAAAAAUCCAGAUGUUGCCUCCAUUAAUUUAUGACAUUCGGUAACUUAACAAAGUCCAACAAAGAAAAAAAUGCGUGUCAAAAUAUCCUCUCGGAUCCUACAACGACCACACCGCCAAUUAGACUUUUCUAAAGAUUUUUUAAUCUUCCAAAAUCUAUUUUUGUUGAAAACAUUGCGUGGAAUAAAAGCUUUAGAUUAGUCAUGUGUGGAGAGUAGGCCACCGUGAAUGGCCACUAAAAAGGAUGCAGGCCACACCAAACUUUUUUUUUCCAUAAAAACACUCAUAGUUCAUUUUCAGUCUCUUUUUUUGUGAUUUAAUUUGUUCCUCUCCUUUCAUUCGCCGUGGUGACGUUUCCUCGCCAUGUGAUCAGAACAGUAGUAUAAAUACCGCGAGAAGAUCCGCCCCCUGUUUGAUUCAGGUUUGGCCCUUUUGCGGGUUUCACAGCACAGUUUCUCAGCCUGCCAUCGACGGGGGUCGCUCCUCAUAGUUGGUGAUUUUUUUAAAAAAGGAAACAGCCUGUAAACAUAUGGAAAUAGCGACAAAACGGAGGGACAGUUCUCACCGGUGGCGAAGCGUGCUCCACUCCUCUCCCCCUCCUCAUAUGAGUUGCUGAAGAGGGAGGAAAGGGACAGCUUGUGCAUCUCACGGUCUUCCUCAUCUGGCGUCGGAGGGGCACGGCUGUGCGUGAGCCAUGACUCUGAGCUCAGAGAUGUCGGAUGCCUCCAUCCUUUCGGAAGAGACCGACAUAGACGUGGUCGGAGAAGGCGAGGAUGGGGACAGCCAGACGCGCUCCUACGUGGAUGAAGUAGCGCAGAUGCACGACGGUAUCCUCCUGGCCGGCUCUCCACCUCCGUGCCUGGACAGCUCCACCUCUUCAAGGGAUACCUACAAGCCGGCGGGCAAGAACACCCUGGUGAAGCCACCUUACUCCUACAUCGCCUUAAUCACCAUGGCCAUUCUUCAGAGUCCCAAAAAGAGGCUCACUCUCAGCGAGAUCUGCGACUUCAUCAGCAACCGCUUCCCGUACUACAGGGAGAAGUUCCCGGCCUGGCAGAACUCCAUCAGGCACAACCUAUCCCUCAAUGACUGCUUCGUUAAGAUACCGAGGGAGCCCGGGAACCCAGGGAAAGGCAACUACUGGACUUUGGACCCGGAGUCGGCUGAUAUGUUUGACAACGGAAGCUUUCUGAGGCGGAGGAAACGCUUCAAGCGGCAGCAGACGCAAGACCUGCUGCGCGAGCACAACACUUUUCUGCCCGCGGCCGCUGCCUAUGGCUACGGACCGUACGGCUGCGGAUACGGCAUCCAGCUCCAGUCCUAUCACGCACACUCUGCGCUUUUUGCUUUCCAGCAGCAGCAGCAGCAGCACCCGAGGCAUUCACACUCACACUCGGGGACCAUUAUCCCUGCACCGUCCCUGAUGCCCACCAGCACUACCACGGACUUAACCAGGAGUAGAUUUUAUCCCCAGCUCAGCUCCAGUCUGGGCUCAGCCGGCGUGCAGGCAGCAUCACCGGUGCAGAAGUCGAGCUCCCCGGUGCAGCGGUCCCCCUUCUCCAUAGAGAGCAUCAUCGGAGGGUCGCUUAGCCCCUCCAGGACUUCUCCUGUCGUUGUCCCGGUCUUACCGUCCUCUCUGGGGCCUGCAGCGGCCAGCCAGCCGCAGUCCAUACAUCCUGGAGCUGUUUUACAUCCGGUUGAAAACUUUCCGAGCAGAGUUGUCAGCGGCACUAGCGCCUGUUAAAUGUCUUAACUCCAAACUUUUCAAGACACUUAAAAAAAGAGACAGCAACCUAAACAAAAACGCCCCUCUUUGAAGGUAGGAUUAUUUUUGUAUGUUUGUUUUGCUAGCACGCAGCUGAAUGAUGGACAUGCAGAACACUAUUUGUGCCUAUAUAUUCAUGCUGUUCAUGAAGAUAUAUUUAAGUUCAUUAUUUUUGUUUGUUUAUUUCGGUGUGAAUCAGACUUUCGACCACGAAUUUAACUUUCCAGCCUUUUUUUUUGUAAUUUCCUACCAUGAAGUGAUUCGUUUUCAGUCACUGUAUAAAGGCGUCUCAGGAUAACGGACAGGUUACAAACGAUCACGUGUCUGAAACAGGCUUAUAAUGUAUUUGUGUCAAACACAUCAAUGUUUUCUAUCAGCCAAUCAAAGCGACCUUUUUUGAAGGUUUUGAUUUGAUGUUUGUAUUAAAGAGAAACGCAGAGCAAAGUCAUACAUUUAUAAUAAUAUGCAGUGUGUUUAUUUCAGUAAUUAAACCUUGUACAUUUUUGGCAAGUAUUGUGUAAUUCAAGUGUGAUAUUUUUACACAGUUUAUUGUUUGUUUUUUUUUCAACAAGAAUAAAUUUCUUUUUGC